ACGGUAACCCCUAGGCGCUCGUUUUGGUGAACAAAAAAAGUCGCGUGUGAACCUCGGGAACUUUGUAUCGUAUCAGAUCGCUUCCAACUCUUUACAUCUCCUCCAACUAUUACAUUUCCAGCAGAGAAAUUAAUUAAAAUAGUCUUUAAUCCACGCGUCUUGCAUCAGCAUCGGUUGCUGAGAGAAAAAUGAUGCAGGCUAUCGAAAAUAUUCAACAGGCCGUCUCCAGCCUUGACCCCCAAAAACGAUACAUCCUGGCCAUUUCCUCAGCUGGACUUGGAGGUCUUUUACUCUAUCGGGCAUUGAGAAAGACGACAAAGACAAUCCCAUUUGGAGAUGGAUGGUGGAGGGUAGGGGAGAAGCCCCUAACAGAGGACAGAACGAUACGGCCAUUCGUUGUGGAGACCUCUGAGGAAAUGAUAGCGGAUCUUUACCAGCGCAUUGACCAGACACGAUACACAGACUGUUUGCAAGACGCCAGAUUUCACUAUGGCUUUAACUCUACCCAUCUCCAAAAAGUCACCUCAUACUGGAGGCAUGAAUUUGACUGGAAGAAACAGGUUAAGGUGCUCAACAAGUACCCACACUUCAAAACUAACAUUGAGGGUAUAGAUGUGCAUUUCAUUCAUGUGAAGCCCGUCCAGCGUCUUGGGCAGAAAGUUCUUCCCCUCAUCAUGGUGCACGGCUGGCCCGGUUCCUUCUUUGAGUUCUACAGGAUCUUGCCCAUGCUCACUCAGACUGAUGGAGACGUCGUCUUUGAGGUCAUCUGCCCCUCCAUCCCAGGCUAUGGGUACUCUGAAGCCCCACAAGUGCAGGGAUUUAAUUCCGUGGCUGCUGCCCGUAUUUUUCACAAGCUGAUGGAGAGACUGGGAUUCAGUCAGUAUUACCUACAAGGAGGAGACUGGGGAGCACUAAUCACCAGCAACAUGGCCCAGAUGAAACCUGAGUGCGUUAAGGGCUUGCACCUUAACAUGAUCAAUGCCAGAGCAGGAGGCAUUAAAACCACCUUGUCUCUCAUCAUCGGCCGUUACCUGCCCUUCCUGGUCGGCUUCACCAGAGAAGAUGUGCGGCGCAUCUAUCCUUACAUGCAAAAGACCGUGUAUGAACUACUGAAAGAAUCUGGAUACAUGCACAUCCAAGCUACCAAACCUGACACUGCAGGUUGUGGGUUGAAUAAUUCACCAGUCGGCUUGGCUGCGUACAUCCUUGAGAAGUUCAGCACCUGGACUGAUUUUGAGAACAGGGACCUUGAGGAUGGGGGAUUAACAAGGAAGUUCAGUCUGGAUGAUCUUCUUACCAACAUCAUGAUCUACUGGACUACAGCCUCCAUCAUCCCAUCAAUGCGCUUCUACAAAGAGAAUUUGUCGAACUAUCAGAGCAGGCAGGACUAUGUGAUAAAGGUCUACGUACCGACUGGACUGGCAGCGUUUCCACAUGAACUGCUGCAUUGUCCCUGGGCCUGGGCCGCCACAAGAUUCACAGAUAUUCGCUCAUACACCUAUAUGCCCAGAGGGGGGCACUUCGCAGCCUUUGAGGAGCCAGAACUGCUUGCUCAAGACUUUUUGCAAUUUGUAAAGAGUGUAGAAAGCAAGAAGGAUAAAUAAUUUGCUUACGCUUCCUUUGUACACGGUACUUAAAUGGCUUUACUAUAAAGUCAUCUAGAUAUUAUUUAGAUCACAAAUUGUUUGUUUAGUAGUCGUUCAUUAAUUUGCCUAAAAAAUGUCUAACCAUUUAUAUUCACUAUAAAAUAAUUACUACUAGACAUUUUAUAGUUUAUCAUAAAACAUACUUUAAUAGAAUAGUUGCACAUGUUACCUUG